CCAAUUCGUGACAUGCGCACACAGAUUUUGCUCCCUAAAAACUGUGAAGAGUGUCAAGUGUCACUUUUAGUUGUCAUUCUCAGAGUACUCGUGAUAUUAUGUCGAGUAAUAUUAUGUGACAUUGGGUCAAGUUAACUGUUAAAUUGCGUCGUAUCAGACACGUAAAUAAUGCAUUAUUAAACAAUGUAUUACUUGGUUAUAUAUAAUGCUAAAUAAUUAAUGCUAUUUGUACGACGUUUUUUAGUUGUAUAUAUAGUACGUCAUAUUUGAUGAAAUUAAUGUGUGUCUUUGAAAAUUAUCAACAAUGCCGGAACGAAUUGAAAUUGGUGUUAUCCCUGAUAACUUACGACACGAGGAAACCAUUGUUCAAAUAGCAGAAGCUCUCGAUGAUCUUGAUUCCGCUGUUUCUUAUAUAUUUGAAUGCAUCGAUAAAAGGCUCUAUGAAAAUAGUCAAAGGUUAUCAAAUAUUAGAAAUCGAGCAACAAAACUUCAAGAUCGGUUGCAAUAUUUGCAAACUAAUUUAAAUUUAAAAGCUGUGAAAAUGUACUCUGCUGCAAAGUAUCCUGCUAGUCAUACAUAUAAAGAGUAUGAAAUGGCUAUACCACCCAAACAUAAAAAUACUCAUAGAAUACCGAAUGUUUACAAAUGUUCUGUGCCUAUAAAAGAAGUACCUGAAGUAUACUUAUCUUCUAGUUGUAAAACAAAGGACGUUCAGUACGUGGCAAAUAAUAACUUGCAAGAGAAAUUGCAGAUUUAUCAUGUGCGGUCUAAAUUAAAUAAAGAGAUGUAUACAAAUGGCAAUGAAGAAUCAUUUCCACUUGAUUUGUCUUCGAUUAGUGCGCUCAUUAACAGUAUGGAUAAUCCUUACAAAAUAUCGAAAAAGCAAAUUUAUCAUCAAACAAAUGAAAAACAACAAAUCGAAGAUGCACCUGAUUCAAUUAUACAACCAUGGUUGACAUCAGAAUUGGAAUCAUCUUCUAAUUAUCUAUAUACACCAACUUUAGGCGAGGUGCCACAAAUAAACGUACCACUAACACUUCCUGAUUUACCAGGAAUUGUAGAUGAUGAAAAAUUUGUUUUAGAUCUUAAUUCUCAAAGUCCUAUUGCACCCUCUUCGGUAGUAACUACGCCUACUAUUCGGCUUGAUCUUCCAACCCCUACAUUAGCUGCAAACGAGAAAGACUCAAAGCUUGAAAAAAGUGUGCCAAAUCUACCCGGUUUCACAGACACAGAUUAUUCAAAAAAUCUUGUUCAAGAUUCGAGUUCAGUUUCUUUGAAUUCCGAAACAGAUCGUCGUUCAUCGUUGCUCUUAACGCCACCUCCACCGCCACCACCACCACCACCUCCACCUCCACCUUCGCUACAACUACCGCCUCCACCACCACCACCACCACCACCUCCACCUCCACCUCCACCUCCACCACCACCACCACCACCACCACCACCACCACCAUCAUCACUCUUAUCCGAGUCUGAAGUUUUGAAAUCUCAAAAAGAUUCCGAGACCAAUAAAGCUAGCGAGGAAAAAAGAAAAUCAAUGAAACCUGAUGAUCAUUCGAAUUUAAUGGCAGCAAUUCGUAACGCAGGUGGUGUAGGAAGAGCAAAGUUAAGACGUACGAUGCCUGAAGAGGAAGGAAAUCGUUGGUCUUCCGCGUCCGUUGGAGGAGAUCUAAUGGCCGACUUGCAUGCGAAACUAGCCCUUAGGAGGAAAGGAAUUGCUGGAUCAGGUGGUACUGUUCUGGAGAGGAUGGCUACCUUGAUUCCACCUCCACCGAAACCAAACGAAGCGACCACGUCGGACAGAAAUUCGAUUACCAGCGAAUACGAUUCUCAACCAGACACCGAUGAUUGGGACGAAUAAUGUUCAGUAUCGUUGACUGUAUACAAUUUAGAUAGUUUUUUUCAAACAGUGGAUAAACGGUAUCCUUCGUCGCAUUAAUUCUGUCAUAUGCAAACGAAUAGUCUUUUUUAUAUUGAUUGGACUUUUACACGAAUUCAUUGUAAUUUUAAGAAAUAACGCAUUUAUUAAAAUAUGCGGAUAGCACGAUAGCUCGCUCGUGUAUACCUUCAAGAAAGAGCGGCUCUGUUCAAUAGCAGUGACACAAGUUUAAGGAUUGAAAUUAUCCUCAAAAGUUCCAUGUCUAAAGUUAUAUUAAAAUCUAUGAAAGAUACAAGGAAGAUUUUGAAGCAAAUUCUACAUAGUUUGUACUGGAAAAUAACAUCGGUAAACGUUAUAUUUCACCUGUUGUGUCGUAAUAGGAGCCUAAUGAUGCGUGUCGUUUAACAAAGAAAGCCGCAAACUGUACUCUUAAUAUUUGAGUGUUUUUGUUUUAUAU